AUGAGAGAGAAGCAUUUCGUAAUUCGUAGUGGUUGCUUCUGCAAAUCGACUGUGAACAUGGAGGAGAGAGAUGAAGUGAAAGACGGAAUGGAGACGGAGGCGGGAACUAAACCGACGACCAUGAACGACGACUUUGGCAUAGAGUAUAUCUUCGUUGACUUGGAGGAUAUCUUUUGGCAUGGGCUGCAUUCCCGGAUCUCGUUUUCUGGGCUCAGCGACGUACCUGCGUUUGUUUUAUCGGACUCCUUUCUUUUGCAGGGUCGGCCCAUGCAGCCAGAUACUUGGGCCAAUGACAUAAUGCUUGCCAGUCUUCCUCGUGUUAUGCAACUCAUAUGUACAACUAGGCAUGAGAACUCCAGUAACUGA